AGACUUUUCUUGAAGGUAAGUCGCGCUUGCCAUACGCUAAGAGACUUCACUCAACACUAACAUCACACUUUACUUUUUAGAGAGAGGAACAUGCAGAGAAUGCUUGAGAAAGUUAGAGCUGGCAGUGAUAGAUGGAGAAGACAGUGACGGUGUUGAUCUUGAACUCUUCAGUGAUCGCAAAUCAAUGUUUUUGAUCCAAGUAUGGUCUCUCCCAUCUCUGUUUUAAUGUGGCCAAAAUAUAAUAAUUUUCUGUGAAUCCAUAUGAUUGGUUCUCUGAUCAAUCUUUCAUUGGAUCCAACAAGACCUGGUGAAUCCUCAGUCCUUUUACAUCUCUUUAUUCCAAUUACUACCUACAUCUGAUUUCCCAUCAAGCACAUAUUGCUAGUUUGCUCUACUCAAUCUAAAUCAUUGCUGUAGCUACAUCCUACAUACCCUGUGAAAACUUUUUUUUUUUUUUUUGAAUCCUUAGUAUUAAUUUGGUUGUUAUUUAGAAUAGAUUACACCAAAAUGUCGAUAUUUUUGAAAAUUUUGUACUGUUAUUGUGGCUGGAAAAUUUUGCACGGUAUUUGGUGCUGGAUAGAUAAACAAGGAAAAGAUGAACAAGGAAAAGAUGAUCAAGGAAAAGAUGAUCUUAACUGUGAUAAUGAAAGUUUGCCCAGAAACAAAAGUAGAAAUGGAAACCCUUCUGAUGAUCAUGCUAUUAACUGUGAUAAGCUGCUUGAUGCUUCAAAAGUCCCUCAUAAGCCGACAAUUUUACCUUCAUCGUCCUCUUAUAGUUAUGUUGUUCAAAGUAAGACAGUUAAUUUCGAAACAAACAAAACAGCUGACCAAAAAUGGUCCCAGAAUUUUUCUCCAAUUUCCUCUCAACCAUCUCCAUCUUCCUCUAAACCUCCAUCUUUAUCUAAGCAAACUCAAUCUUCAACAAAGACAAGCACAACUUUCUCCAAACCAUCACCAUCUUUGCCUGUGCCGCCUCCGUCUUCCUCUAAACUGACUUCACCAUCGUCCUUAUCUUCAUCAUCGUCCUUAUCUACAUCUUCUUUUCAGACUUCAUCUUUCCCGAAACCACCUACUGCACUUUCGAAUAAGCCUACUCUUUCUCUUGCUUCAUCUAAUCCGAAAAAUGACCAGACACACACCAAGUACAUUUGGGUUCAGGAGGGUUCAUCACCUACACAUGUGAUUCCCGAGGGUAUCAAAGAAUUGAUUAAGGAAGACGUUGUCCCUGGAGUGCUCAAGAAGCCCUUGUCUCCGUUGACCUACAAGGAUUACUUUCAUGCUCUGCUUUAUGCCGAGGAUUACUACCUUGAGGUACAUAGAAAAAGUAUUUUUAUUUCUCCCAAUAUUUUGUAA